GAUUCCCCAAUCCAUGGACCUACAUCAUGUUUGUGUACUAGAACUGGUAGGCAAUUGCAUUUUUGCUGAAGUAUAACGCAUACUGGAUCAAUGAAUACUGUGAAAGAUAUCCGUGAAGAUCUAGAGGAAAAUUAACUAUCAUCUAAAAGUACAACAAAUCAUAUAAUCGAUAUCGAGAAAAUGGCUGUCCGGGUCAUUGCAAGGUCAGAGCUCUACGCUUUCUUCAUCAUCACUUUGGCGACAGUAUUUAUGAUGGUUACUGCCGACGAUGACAUUCCUGUGGACGUGGUAGUGGUGGAUGUAAGGCCUGUUUUUCUUCGAGGACAUGAUGGGGUGCUGCAAUGUCGCUUUAGAGGUGAACCAUUAGCUGUCUUCUGGCUAAAGGGACCCGAUCUGGCGUCAGAAACAAAUCUAGUCACCUGGUAUCCACCGCCACGAGGAGUCACCGUCCCAGCGUAUGCGACUGGAAGGUAUAACCUGACAGAAGACUUUUCCUUGGUGGUCCAUGACGUCGAGGACGAUGACGCUGGACGGUACAUAUGCACACUCUCCGACUUCAGGGGUUUUAUUCUCACGAACUACACGCAGGCAACGGUUAAAGUUCCACCGCGGAACCCCUUUCCAACUAUUGACCAGUGCCCACAAGAAGAGACAGGAAGUGGAGGAAACCCUUGUAUGCUGACAAUCGAGAUAGGUGAUGACACGACAGAACUAACAUGUCGUGUACGGGGUGCGCCGAGAGGCGUCGUCUCGCUCUCCUGGACCCUCAGUGACGGAACUCUCUCCCAACAAGGUCUGCAAAGAUCUGCCAACCCUGACGGCGAGACAGAAGAUCUGACGCUUACAAUUGACGCAACGCCAAGCAAUGAUUCUUACGUCUGUACUGCCAUUCUGCCGGUGACUAUCCGGGGAGAUGCGACUAUCAGCGUCAUAGUGAAUCCAGCACCAAUCAUAACAACCACCGAAUUCGUAGAAACUACAAAUGCAACAGAUCCGUUCACUGGAGAUCCCGGUAGUAGAUCCCUAGGGACAGUUGUCAUCGCCAUAAUCAUCGCCAUCACCUUACUCAUCACCUUAAUCAUCAUCUCCAUAAUCGUCUUCAUUUGGAGAAGAACAAAGAAGAGGUAUGAACCGUUAAAUGGAGAUAAGAAAUUCAUUACAGGCCCUGUUUCGUAUUUGGAGCUUUGGGAACUUGUCAGAAAGUGUAACCCUCUGGUCACGAAGGAGGUUGUAAACAGGUUGGUGAAUAAUCCUCAGACAGACUCAGGAUUCAACGUCGUACCCUCUAAAGCUAAGUUAUACUAUGAACUCUGUGGAUGGAAGGAGACAACAUCAGGAGAUCACAGUAUUCUCUCCAGAGCCAUAAAAGAAGCUGGGCUGAAAGCAGAAAUAAUUAUGCAGGAUGUCCUUGAUCGUACGUCAAAGGAAAUCUCUCUUGAAGAUCUCGAACACAUUUGCUGGGACGUCCGAGGUUGCAGGGAGACAGUCAAGCCCAUACUGCGAGCAUUGUACCCUCGCCAUAAAGGAAUCCCAAACUGCGGAGAUGAUUCCUGCGAUCCUGGUAAACCAAGAAACGCCGAAAUCAACGAUGACAUGCGGUUAAUGAAGGCAUGGAAGGAACAUUCUAUGACAACGAAACCUGGAUACCAGGAGCCUAAGGAGGAUCACAAAGAAGGGGAAAGAGUACAGAUGAGACAACCAACAUCCAGAUGGAUUUGCUGCUGCCAUAAACAACCUAAAUAUCGGCAUGGUGAUGACAAGAAUGAGCAACAGCCAAUGUUUUCUGCACAGUCCGAAGAGGUAGAACUGGGAGUAGAAAGAUCGUCACCAAACCAAAUGAUUCAACUUUGCCUAGCGUUAGAAAGAGCAGGAAAGGGCGCACAUGGACCUGAUAAGGAAGUCUAUAUUCAACUGGCCAAAACUUUCUUUCAAAUCAAAGAUGAGUACAAGAGGGAAUUGGACAAUGAGGUCAUCAAGGAGUUUGCUCUGAGUAUCACCAAACAACACUACCAGAAUCUUGCAAAAGCCAAGAGAAUUUCAGCGGAAUCCAUUGCCAAAAGGAAUGCUGAAGACCUCAAAGCGGUGUUCAAAACAGACGUUAUGCUUGAGGAAUGGGUACAGGAGCAAAAAUGCAGUAAUUACGAAGUCAGGUGCAGACUGAGGCAAGCAGCAGAACAAUGCAAUCGUCAGGACAUUGCAGAUAUUUUCAUAACCAAAGAACAGAGUGAAUUCAUGGCACCUGUUACAUCACAGCAAACCUCUGUGACAAUUACAAAUGAACAACGCCAGGGUGACAGUAAAACAAAACGUGGUAAGUAGGUUUUAUUCCAAUUCGUCUAAUGCCAGUUCGUCCAAUUGCAAAAUCGUUU